AUGAAGCUAUUGUACCUGACAUGUGCCCUCCUGGCCAGCUGUGCCGUCAUUUGGGCCGCCAGUGGGGAGGAGGAAUCGGAGCAGGAGGAAGGACCGGAGAAGCUAGCCAAACAGCACGGAUCAAGGCCUCAUCCUGGACAAGGAUUCAAACUGAUAUCCUUCGAUGCAGUGGGAAAACACAUAGCCUUGGGUCUGGAUUAUCUAGUGCCCUUUCUGGAGGUGCCUGUCAAGCGAAAGCGGAAUGCUCCACCGAAGCCUUUAGUUGUAGUGAAUUCCGCUGCUGUUGUUAGUUGCGGCCUCGUGGUGGCCGCUGGAGUCCUGGUGGGUCACCUUAUUCGGAGUUUGGGACUGGAGGCCAUCACUGGAGAUGAUAAUCGACCUAUUUUCGGUAAUUCUUCGACGCAUAAGCCGAAGUCUUCGGAGGAAAAGGCUUCGUCUUCUACGCCAGCUCCUACAAAUUCUACAAAUGCCACCGCAAGGGGACUUUUCGAUGACAACCUUAGUUUUCCUGGAAUCCUUGACAACUUUAAGCUGAUUUACCGCAAUGAAACUGGAGAUCGAGUGGCUACCACUCUUCCUAACAUUCUGGGUAUGAUUGAGCGCACCUUUCUCAAGAACGACGUGGAUCUGACCGUCUGUCUGCUGAAAUCCAUAUGUACUUUGACACACAAUGCAGGUGAAAAAGUAAGCAAGGGUCAGGCAUCGGACUUCGAGCACCUGCUGGAUGGAGCCACCAAGUGGUCCUGGCUGCUGGCCUGGUUGGAUCAGUCCGCUUUUCGAGACGCCAUCGAAGCAGGAAAGGCAAACGUGCCCCAUCAAUGCGCCAUCAAAUACCCGGAAUGCAAAUGGGUAGCUCCUGAGGAGCAAAUUAUGGAGUUGUUGCGUAACAAUGUACAGUUCAAAUAA